GACGCUCCUCCAGGGAAAGGCCAGUCAGACAGACGUAACACACGAACAGAAGGCGAGACAGACAGAGAAAAGGAUCCUGCAGAUCGACAGGACAGAAGCACAGAAACGGACAGAGAGAAAAACAAGACAGAUAAUUACGCACUCAAGCUGUAGAAACAGCUCUAGAAACAUGACACUGCGUGAGGUGAGUUUAAAAAAACAUUUUUUUUUUUGUUCCUACACAACUUAGAAAGGCUUUAUCGAACAUUCAUAAAUAAAGUUUCCAUGAGCCCAAUGUAGAUGCUUACUUUUCCUUUAUCUUACUUCACCUGUAAUUAACUAAUGUUGGUCCAAGACAACAAAUUAUGAUUUACAAUGACAGCCUUGUGAGUGUGGCUGUGUGUGUGUAUUAAAACAACACAAAAAUGCUUGGUUUUACCACCGGUUGGCAAGAAGUAAUUGGACGUUAUUAGUCAAGUUAUUUUAAUAACAUGAGCCUUUGAUCAACGUGGCAGUAAGGCCUCUUCAGACAUUGAUCAUGAUCAAUCCACAGGUUAGUUCCGUAACUUCAUAACUUGCUAGGCCAUUUGAUUUGGAUUGUGCCCACAUUUACCAUAAUCUAAUGAUAAGUGUUCAGGAUAAGCCGGAAUGGAAGUAUCAGAGUGGCGUGGGUUGGUUAGCAUGCUAAUAAAACUCAUAUUUUUAUAUUCAAGACACUGGGUUUGAUAUGGUAUUUACAAUGGUAGGUUAAUGCUAUAUCCUCCUGAGACCUGGAAAAAAAAGGUUUGGGAUUUUUAUUUUUUUGUGGGGGUAUAGUGCUUAAAAAAACCUAGUUGCAGCAUCCAUCUCUUAUUUAAUGUGAACAGAUUAUUACACAGUCCUGACAACUCACUUAACUAUUCCUGAUAUAUUUACUUACUAGAAACAAUUUGAAUAUCAAACUCACAAAAAUUAACAUUAAUAAUUACAUACACUUCUUUUCAAAUUUCCAUAGAAUGUGUCCAUUUUGACAGAAGACAUUUUUUAAAGAACUAGAGCUCAGAUUCACAAAACUUCUUACGCAAAAAAAGAUGUAAGAUAAAGAACUUCAUAAUGAUUUUCUUAUGAACUUCUCAAAUAUCUUCUUACGAAUCUUCUUUAAGAUGUUUCUUGCUAGGCAACCAAUUUAGCUAGCUAUCUAGCUAGCAAUUAGAAUUAUUUCUUGCUGAGAUUACGUUUCUAAAACCUGUUCUUGGGUUUAAAAUAAUCAAUACUGAAACUUUCAGAUGACGUUUGUGAGUGAAUUGAAAAUGUUCAAUUGCUUUCAUGAGCUUUGUCUCUCACUGCCCUGAAUUUAAGACACGGGUUUAGCUGUCUUGGAAUUAAGAACAUGUCCAAUAUCAACAUGUCCUUUAUUUUGAAGAAUCUAAUUUCUUCUUGACUUUCUGCCUAAGAACAUUUCCAACAACCUUUUUAAGGAAUAGCAACUUUGCUUAACUUUCUUCUUAAGUCUAUAGUUAAGGAUAAAAUGGCAUUUAAGAAGAAAAGUCUUCUUAAAAAAGUUUUGUGAGUCCGGCCCCAGGAAGAUAAAGUUGUCAAGAUCACACCCCCACAUAUGUGAUAUGAUUGUAUGGCCUCAGAGAUGUGUAUGGCCUCAGAGAUAUGCACAAAGAACUGAUGUCCACUAGAGAGUACAAAAAUGAAUAGCUUUGAAUAGCUGUACUGUGCCAUAGACUACUUCCUUAUUCAAAGAGCAUCUUGCAUAUCCAUUCUCCGCAGCUUUAAAAUUGUUUUUAAAACAUGUGCCUCUGUUCCCUCUCCCUGAGGAGUUGCGUAGUCGUGAGUUCUGGCGUGCCAUGCUGGCCGAGCUGCUGGGUUCCCUGGUGUUUGUGAGUGCUGUUCUGGGGGCCUCUGUGCCGGGCCCUGGAGAGGCCUCCACGGGGCCCCUCUACCCAGCCCUGGCUGCAGGCAUGGUGGCUGUUGCCCUGGGACACUGUUUUGGAGAGAUCAGUGGAGCACAGGUGAACCCAGCAGUAACCCUGUCUCUGUUGGCCACGCGGAGGCUGGACCUGGUGAGGGCCCUGGUAUACGUGGGAGCCCAGUGUCUGGGGGCCUCCCUGGGGGCCGGGGCUCUCUACUUCGCCCUGCCCCUCAAAACCACCGCAGACUGCUUCGUCAGCAAGGUUCCUCUCGAGGUGAACGCGGCCCAGGCUCUAGGGAUGGAGCUUCUGUCAACGUUCCAGCUGGUCUUCACUGUGUUCUCCGUGGAGGACCACCGUCGGAGGGAGUACACAGAACCAGGGAACCUGGCCAUCGGCUUCUCUCUCAGCGCAGGCGUGCUCAUCGGGGGUCGGUUCUCUGGAGGCAGUAUGAACCCGGCACGUUCCCUGGGUCCAGCCAUCAUCACUGGCUUCUGGGAAAACCACUGGGUGUACUGGAUUGGACCGGUGCUGGGUGCAGUGCUGGCCGGGGUGUCCCAUGAGUUCUUCUUUGCCCCCAGUGCAUCGAGGCAGAAGCUGGUUGCGUGUCUGACCUGUAAGGACAUAGAGAUGGUGGAGGCAACCAGCGUAUCCCGGUCCUCCCUGUCCACCGUCACCCAGACCGCCAUGAGGGCUAAGCAGGUCAACAAACAGGAGCAAAACUAGAAAGGGACACAUCAUGCUACACAACAAUAUAUAGUGGGGUCUGAAAUGAUUGACACCCUUGAUAAAGAUGAGCAAUAAUGACUGUAUAAAAUAAAUUAUUCAAAUAAGGAGCUAAAUUGACUUCAGAAGGUUUUCAUACCCCUUGACUUAUUCCACAUUUUACAGACUGAAUUAAAAAUGGAUUCAAUAGAUGUUUUUCUUACCUAUCUACAUACAAUACACCAUAAUGACA